UCGGCGACAGUGACAGACGGUUGACAUUGACAGAUUAUUCAUUUGUCAAAAUUCAUUCGCUUCAAUUUUUUCUCCAUUCCAUUCUUCAAUCCGGAAUAUUUCGCAAUAAAUUACUUCCACCAUUAGCAACAAAAUCAUUCGGCUUUUAGCCUUCGUGAUUUGAUGGAUCCUUGGGGCAGCGAAGUUGUAGAAACUGCUGAGGUUGCGCCGGAAUUCGAAGAUAAUUUCAAGCCUGCCGUCGAGUCUGAGAAGCUAGCCGACUCCGCCGAAUAUCUCGCUAUUUUGGAAAGGAAACUCAAAGCAGUCCGUAACAAGAGCAAGGUUGUUGAGAACCUCUCUGCCUACAGGGAAGAUUGCCUUAACCGGUUGAUGCGAGACGGCUGUGAUCUUGACCCGGUCAUUGGAGACACCGAAGGCGAGAAGCUGUUGCAGGAAUAA